CUCAUUUCGAGCGGGUCAGGCAAGAACAUAAGUAGCUUGCUCCACCUUUCACUACGUUCUAUCCGCCGUUCGCCGUCUCCUGUGCCGAUUCACCACCACUUCCCCAGUGUUGCUCAUAUUUCCUCCGCGGUUAAUACAUUUGCCAGCCGCGUCCGCCUCGGACGACUCCCCUUUUCCCCAAAUUGCACGCUACCGCACUGUUGCCAUGGCGGCGAUCCGGAGCUUGUCUCUCCACGCGCCCAUCUCCGCGCCAUCCACCGCUUCCGCGGGCUUGCGCGCGCGGAGCCAGCGCGCGGCGGUUUCCGCGUCUUUCAGCGGGCUGCGUAGACACUCCGCCUUGCGCUCGCCGUCGCAACAGCAGCAACAGCAGGGGGGGCGGUUCUCACCUGCGUUGCACGGCGCGAAGAGCAGGAGACCGGCCACUGUGCAAGCAAACUGGAACCAGGAGGUGGUCUUUGCCGACGCGCCUGUGAUUCAAUCGGAGAAGGUGGCGGAGCUGCUCUAUGCAGUCACACUCGAUAUCAGCGACCUUCCGGAGAUCAGGGACGGCUACACCAAGCCCGGCCAGUUCGUGCAGGUCAAGGUGGGCGACGCCAAGCCCGCGUUCCUCGCCAUUGCGUCGCCGCCCAGCGUCGCGCGCGACGAGGGGCGGCUCGAGUUCCUCAUCAAGGCGGCGGAGGGAUCCACGGCGGCGCAGAUCGCGGAGACCAAGGCGGGCGCGCGGGUCGCUGUGAGCGCGGUGAUGGGGAAGGGGUUCAACGCGGACGCCGUGUCUCCCCCGGGGGAGGUCCCCUCGGUGCUGCUCUUCGCCACGGGAUCGGGCAUCAGCCCCAUCCGCGCGCUGAUCGAGCACGGGUUUGACGCCUCUGCGCGCAAGGACGUGCGGCUCUUCUUCGGCGUCAGGAACGGCGCGUUCCUGCCAUACCAGGAGCGGUUUGCAGCAUGGGAGGCGUCGGGCGUGCAGGUAAUCCCCGUGUUCUCGGACCCCGAGGACGGCUGGACUGGCGCCACUGGCUUCGUGCAGUCGGCAUACAGUGCGGCAACGCCAGUGGCGGACGGCAGCAAGGCGGGGGCUGUGCUGUGCGGUCACAAGGGGAUGGCUCAGGACGUGACGGCACUGCUGACAGAGCAAAUGGUGCCCAAGGAACGAAUUCUACUCAACUUCUGAAACUUACGAAUUCUACUCAACUUCUACUGCUGACAGAGCAAAUGGUGCCCAAGGACGUUUUGAGGGGCCGUAUGAGGGUAGAAGGAUGCAACAGGGACAGGGUAGUAUCUUGCCCUGAAACCUAGGAUUCCUGUAAUAGACGGUGUAUAUGCGCUGUUACAAAUUUACCUCUUACGUCUUAUCACCAGCGUCCU